UCACUGCUCAUUCAUAUCGCUUCUGCGCAGCCUCCCACAUAACUCCACUGAUUGAAGGCGGCGGAAGGCUGGCGGUUGGACACAGGUAUACACUCUCAACGUGACAGUAGGAGAGACCCUCGAGGCAAUGCCAGAAUGAAUACAUUCUUAGAUUACUCAGUGAUGAGCGGCGGCGACAGCAGUGGCGGGGGUUCGUGCUCUGUCAGUGCAUUCCAUGCAGAUCACGGAACUUUCCAGUCGUGUUCCGUCACGGUAAAUAAUUGCAACGGGAGCGAGCGGUUCUUGACUAGCAGAGCGUCACCGGACUCUGUAUCAAAUCAUUCACAUAAAGCCGGAUGUUAUCAAUCCUCCGGUACACUGCCAAUUUCCUAUAGCGCCCAUCCAACUUACGGGGCUCAAACCUUUUGCACAAGUUACAAUCACUACACCGUCAACCAGGAUGCUGACUCCAUUGCAGGUUUAAGUCAGUGCGGUCCGCUAGUUUACUCUGGAAAUACUGUCGAACCCCAUCAUCGUCAUCAUCAUUUACAGCAUGGUUACAACGGCAGCAGCGUUCGCUUACCUGGGCAACUUCAGUUUGCAACUGCUACGUAUGGUCACGGUCAGGAUCAGGCAAAUUUGGCGUUGCUAGCAGGUUGUGCGAACCCUCUCUCUUCUUUCCAUGCGUCACACCACAACGCGUGCUGUUCAUCUCUAUCAGAUGGUGUGCCAGCGGCGCAGACAUUUGACUGGAUGAAAGUUAAGAGGAACCCACCAAAAACAGGAAAAGUAGGAGAGUAUGGCUAUGGCGGCCAGCCCAACACUGUUCGAACCAAUUUUACCACCAAACAGCUGACAGAGCUAGAGAAGGAGUUUCACUUCAACAAGUAUCUGACACGUGCCAGGCGUGUAGAGAUAGCUGCUUCCCUACAACUGAAUGAGACUCAGGUGAAGAUUUGGUUUCAGAAUCGUCGCAUGAAACAGAAGAAGCGCGAAAAAGAGGGUAUGCUGCCCAAAACUGAGUCGGCACCAGGGGACAGCGGAGAAAAAGCUGAAGUUUCAUCCGAGCUUUCUUUCUCUGCACCGUCAACGCCAUCUCCUGGCUCCUCUGCGACUGAUCCUUACUCGUCGGGCUAACUGCCUGUGCUAUUUAUGCUAACUAAAUUAGAAGUACAGAACCGUAGAUCCAUAAUUGUGGUGGACCUCUGAACCUGGAUCUGACCACCAGGCAUUUUGUCACUUUUGGAAGUUGACAUUUCAAUUCAAUUCAAGAGUAUGUUAUUGUAAAGUAGAGGGCAAUCAAGUUAAAUAAUCAAAUUAAUUAAGUGGCUAUUGUAUUUUCAAAGACAAUAAUUACAGUUGCCAUGUUAAUGCAAAUAUCUUAGCUGGGUCUAGAUUACAGCUCGCCUACCUCGUUUUACCUAGAAUAGUAUCAGCGAUCUGAAAGUGUAAUUGCUAGUCUAGAUAGAGAGAAAGAGAUUGGUGCUGUCGGAGAGCUUGCAUUAUUCUACCUCAUCAUCUCAUCAGCCUCUGUUACCCGGGAUGUUUGUGGUGUCAUGGUUGUGCAGUGUAGUGUGAGUCCUUCAUGGCUGUUAUGUAGUCAGGGUCGCAGGAAAGCCUUUUUUUUUAAAGGGGGUACUGGAAUUUCGUGCAGGUGUGCAUUAUGACGUCACACACGGUUAAACAGUAGUAUCAGAAUUUCUAUAACAGCACAACUAUGUACCAUAGCUGUUACAAAUGUAACAUAAAUUAUAUCUUUAUAAUGAUACGCGCGUUGUAACGUGUAACAGCUAAUAUAUAGUAACAAUUAACUUACACAGGAGAAGUGUGAUUAUAAACAGAUUAAAAAUGUGCUGUCUAACAAAGAAAAUUAUGAAACGUUAUGGUGAAGCUGUCUAUAAGGAGACAUUUAUUUACCUUUUACGGAAGGAAUCGCAGAGUUGCAGAGACAUCAAGAUUCAGUAAGUUUCCCGACAAGGAGUUUCCACUAUCACUAUUUUCUACUGGGAAGUCGGAAAGCUCAAACUUCUGUGUCCUGAAGUCUCACGGAUGUAUUGUUCAUUAAUACAUUAAAAAUGGUGCAAAUCAAUGUCGUAUAAAUGAAAAUGAUCGGACAAAGAAAAAACAAAACUAGAAACUGCUUAAAAUACUCAGCUGUAAAAUGUGUCUAUAUAUUUAGCAAUUGUCUUCUUCUUCUUCUUCUUCUUCUUCUUCUUCUUCUUCUUCUUCUUAUUAUUAUUAUUAUUAUUAUUAUUAUUAUUAUUAUUAUUAUUAUUAUUAUUGUUAUUAUUAUUAUUAUGUUAGCAGUUGCAAUUUGCAAUCCUGAAACCCUCAUCAGCCCUGUUUUCGGUGUCCCUGCAGUCUACUUGACCAGUCGAGCUGAGUUUUAUCAGUCGAGAAUAGUGGCUUUAUGUUAUAUUUACUGAAGAACGAUAAUUAUAUUCUGUCAUUACUACGG